CGUAAUAAUAGGGACAUGGUCACGUUACAAACAUCGCCUAAUCCUAACCAAUCAAAAGGCACCAUUUCAGGUUAUAAAUGUCCGUGGCGCGGGGUGCUGGUUACCAUUAACCGUGGUAUUGCUGUACGGGUGUAUUUUGUUGAAGGAAUUAUGUCAGGCAGAGGAAAAAGCGGCGGGAAGGUCAGGGCCAAGGCGAAGACUCGAUCGUCCAGAGCAGGCCUGCAGUUUCCCGUUGGUCGCGUACACCGUUUGCUCCGGAAGGGGAACUAUGCCGAGCGCGUCGGAGCGGGGGCACCGGUCUAUUUGGCCGCAGUGCUUGAAUAUUUAACAGCAGAGAUUUUAGAGCUGGCCGGCAAUGCUGCCCGGGACAAUAAAAAAUCUCGCAUCAUUCCCCGCCACCUUCAGCUGGCUAUCCGCAAUGAUGAGGAAUUAAACAAGCUGUUGGGAGGGGUAACCAUCGCCCAAGGCGGUGUCCUCCCCAACAUCCAAGCUGUCCUGCUCCCUAAGAAGAGUUCCGGUCCUUCCACAGGCUCCGGCAAGAAGGCCUCCCAGCAGUCGCAGGAAUAUUAAGAUGUAAUCCCUCUUCUGCGCUCCAAGCGUGUUUUUGGUGUCUUCCCUGUGAAAAUGUCUAUAUGGACGCACCUUCAUCAAUAAAUGAACACUUGUCAGCC